AUUGAUCCAAAAGUUGCAUUUCCACGAAGAGCUCAUCCAAAGGUACGUGUGUGUGUGCGUGUACGUGUUUGAAGGAGGGGGAGAGAGGAGAAGGGGUGCUGCCUCUCUCUCUUCUUCGCACAUAUUGGACUUCAAGGUAAUGUACUAUGAGUCUUCCCUGUAAUCUGUCGUGAAAGAAAACGGGGUGAAGGGAUGAGAAACGGGGAGUCUGAAAUUGGGAAUGUGUAGAGAGAAGAGGUGAAGAAAAGUUGAAAUUAAGGAAGCGUAGAAAUAAAAAAAAAGUAAAGAGGUGGAGUGUUAGGUUGAAAGCAGUUUAGGAAGUGUAAAGAUAAAAGUAAUGAGUUGGUAUUUCGAAUAGUGUGAAAUUAGGGAAAUGUUGAGAGAAAAGUGAAGGUUGAAAUAAUGGAAUUGUUCAGAGCAAAAAGAAGAGACGGUCUUGUUAUGAAGAGGUUGAAAUUAAGAAAGUGUAGAAAGAAAAGUGAAAAGAUGAAACUUAAAGAAAAAAAAUAUAUAAAGACAGUAUGGGAUUGUUGAGAAUAGGUGCAAAAUGUUAAAGGAAAGAAGGAAUGGAAUUGGAGGUAUGUAAAUUUAGCGUAAAAAAAUAUAAGAGAAGUUGUAAGGAUAAAAAAGAGUUAGAAAGUAAAACUGAUGAGAAAAGGUGAGAUUUGUAUAAGACAAGAAGGGCGGGAUUGGUUACUAUGUGGAAUAAGAAUGUUGGGUUAGUAUGAGUAUUUAAAAGGAAUCUCAGUGUUUGUAAGAAGUGUUGAACUGUUGAUAAGUGGAAUUUGUAUAAGUAUAGGAGAAUGGGACGGGUAGAGUGUGUGUAGAAAAGGGAAAAUCCUAUAAGCUUGGAGAAUAGGAAUGAUAGUUUAUAGAACGAGAGUAGAUUUGCCGAAAAAAAACGUCUAAUUGGUUGAAGAAAACAAAACGAAAGAAAACACGAUAAAAAAAGAUGAAAUUUGUAUAAGAAAGAAAAUAUAGGAGGAAGUUAAAAUGUAAAAUAAAACUAAUGUCGAAUAGUAAAACAAAGAUAAAUUGGAACAAAAAGGGAGGUUGUGAAUAAUAAUAAUAAUAAUAAUAAUAAUAAUAAUAAUAAUAAUAAUAAUAAUAAUAAUAAUGAAAGAUGAAGAGAAAAGGGAAAGGAAAAUAAAAACAACAUAAAAAAACACGAAAAAGAAGAAAUAUAAGACAGACAAACCCCUUGAUGACCCCACUGAAAUUUGGAAUAAUAAUAGUAAUAAUAAUGAAAAAAUAAUAGAAAGCAAGAAGGAAAAAAAACAAGAAAAAUGAAACCAUGAAAAAAAAGGACAGACAAACCUUGAAACUCCCACUGAAAUCAAUCAACCAGUAAAUAAAAAAUA